CUUCCCCCACCACCCAACACGACGAUCUUCGUGGUGAUUGUGUUCUCAUCGCGUAGCUUAGCAAAAAAAAGAAGAAGAAAAACCAAUGGAACAAAGCGAGUCUGCGUAUCGGAUCCGAGGAGCAACAGCUUCGUAUCUGAGGGGAAAAGGAGUAGUUUUGGAGGAAGAUAUUAGAAGUCGGGAGGACGGUUUCUACACUGCAAUGAAUGAUGUGAUGGGAUUUCUGAAGAAGAAAGAGGGGAAGGAGGAGGGGGUUUAUGCUAUAGCCUCUUCUUUUGGUUGCUUGUUCGAGUUGGUCCUACAUCUGACAUCAGCGGAGGUGAAUAUUCCUGUUACUGGUCUUGGCGUUGGACCAGUCACCCCUGGGGAUAUCAGGAAGGCCACUCAGAGGAGGAAACAUACCGUCUUGGCGUUUCAAGUCGAGGUGACUCCAAAGGCGUCUCAACUAGCUCAAACUUUGGGAGUCAAAAUCAUCUGUGGCGACACCGUUGAACACCUGUGCCAACAGUUUCAGGAGUUUAACAAUGAGCUGGGAGAGGAUAAGAAGGAGUCAGAGAGUGAUGUAGCAGCAGUCUCCCCAUGUCUCCUCUCCAUCUUACCCAAGUGUGUGCUCAACAAGGAAGACCCAAUUGUCGUGGGAGUUUAUGUUGUCGAGGGUUUUGUUAAGGUAGGGACUCCCUUAUGCAUUCCACACAGAGCUUUUGUCAAUAUAGGACGGGUUGCAUGGAUUCAGAAGGACCAGCGACCCGUCGAGUUCGCCGGGGAAGGCGACAAGGUGAUUAUCAAGAUUGUUGCUGCUGACCCCAAAACACAACAAGGGAUGAUGCUGGGAAUGGAUUUGUACGAAGCAGAUGUGCUUGUCAGUCGCACCUCGACGGUAGCUGUCUACCAGGUCGAGAUCAACCGUCAAAUGGGGAAAAUAAUAGAACUAACAAACAAACAAAAAAAUGUCCUCAUCAUUUGAGUGAUCAGAUCUCUUUUAUGUCAUUUAUUUCUCUUGUUUUCAGUGUUGUUUCUCUCACCCUUGUAAUAUUUCUCUAAUGUUAAUCAAGCUUUGGAAUAAUUAUCUCUGCUUUUGA